UGGUAGCAAUGUGCUGAUGUGCAAAUGUUUUUGUAAAUCAACAUGGUACCAGUCGUAGCUUUUAAAAUUGUAGUUUCAGUAUAACACUUUUCGCUCGAGAAGCAAAAACUAUUAUCUAAUUGCCGAAGUAAUGAACUUUUAAUUAUGAAAGCACAUACACGUUUAGCAGGAAAAUACGUACGUAAAUUGUGCUGUCUAACCGGUAGAGUCUACGAAGGAUAUGUGAAUAUUUUUAUUACAAAUAAUAAAUCAUUACAAUUUAGCAGGCGAGGGUUCAGUACCCUUCCCAGCACAAAUUUUUAUAAAACUUUAUCUCGAAAACCACCUUGGCGUGUAUUGUUUUUUGGAACGGACGACUUCUCUUUGGCAAGCUUGAAAAUGCUCUUCAGAGAACUGGAAGAUGGUGGAUUGGUGAAGCAGCUUGCAGUUGUGACAUCACUUAAAACAAAGAAGAAUCCUGUAAGAGACUUUGCGGUGGAAACUGAGUUGUCAACAUUUAGUUGGCCGUGUCAUGCCUUCCCUGGAGACUUUGAUGUUGGACUGGUGUCUUCAUUUGGACAUCUCCUUCCAGAAUGCGUAAUUGAAUCAUUCCCUCUAGGAAUGCUGAAUGUUCAUGCCAGCCUCCUGCCCCGUUGGAGAGGAGCUGCCCCCAUCAUCUACGCGAUCCUUAAUGGGGACUCCGAGACUGGAGUAACCAUUAUGCAAAUUAAGCCACGCAAGUUUGACAUAGGCAACAUUGUGCUCCAGGAGCGUUGCCCUAUCGCGCCUACAGACACAGCUCCAGUGUUAAAAGAACGACUCGCUGAGCUCGGAUCAAAGCUCCUUCAGGAGACCCUGAAAGACCUGCCUCGCUGCUUGCAUGAGUCCGUACCGCAGCCGGAGUCUGGCGUCACAUAUGGUAUGAGUUAUGAACGUAACUAGCCAAUUACAUAUUUUACAAAUAAUGUGUACAAAAAGUUGUUGAUACGGUUUCUUGUACCUAAUAGGGGCGUCAACGGAACAGGGAUGCGUGACUCCAGAUAUAAAGUCAAAAAUGCUUGGUCAAAGAACAUUUUUUGAUGUAAUGUUCAAAAGAUACAGGGGAAAAUAAUUGUGAUUGCAGUGGUAUAUUUUUAAAGCUCUGUCAGUAAUUAAUUUGUUUCAACGAUAAAUUAAUAUGGCGGCUACACACUUCUUAACGCUUCUUUUUCAUGGUAAGUAAAGCUAUCCCGUUACAUGUCAGUGUUGGCACUUAGGGGAGAGGAGGUUUAGCUUCUGCUGAUUCUCGACCUCGGCACUAGACGGGGGUGAGUGGUCAGCGUCACGCCCCGGCCACGCUUUGCCCCCGGGAAAGGACCCCGGUACCCAUUGGACAGGA